AGCUUAAAAAUGUCUAGCGAUGAUUAUGAGUCAAUUGACACGCCACGUGUAGCUUCACUAGCUGAUAUGAAUCGACUUCCUACCCAAUCUCGUCAUUCAAGUUAUUCAACGGAUGACGAUGAAGACGUGACUCCUACACCAUCAGCUUCUAAUUCUGCUCCAAAAAAUACAAUUCUAGACCCUCUACAAGCGCAGUUUCUUCACCCGAAUUCUGAAAAUUCUGAUAUAGACGAGCCUCGUGUGCAAUUGCGCGAAAAGAAAAAAGCGACUCGUGCACAAGAUGCAACUGUUUCUCAUUUCUUGGAAGAUCAAGUUCCUAAUCAGAAAUUCAAAAGGAGAAGCGCUGAAAGACAUUCAAUGUUGGCUGGAGCUGCUGAUUUUGCUAGUCGUAGGAGUCCAUUUCAUUUAAGUGGAGCGAAUGGUUCUGGAAGAUGGACUGAUUUGUUCUCAUCGAGCAGAUUUAAACGAAAACAACGACAGAAAUUAAAUAAUGUUCCAUCAUCGUCAUAUUCAAACAAUGACUACGGUACAUAUGCAGGCACACAAAGUAUUGGAGGUUUCUCGAUUGCUUCAAAUUCUUCAGGAGAAUCAUUUGCCUUGUCAGGAACUGAAGACGAAAUACGAGAAGAAUUCAGGAAAAUUAUGCUCGACAAAGGUCUGCCCGAAGCUGAUAAAAUUAUUUCUAAUACGCCACUUGAUCAAAUGAAAAUGAUGAUUGAGAAUUCGAGAAAACAAGAUAAUCAGGCGAAGGGAAGGUCUCCGGAAUGGGUUGUACGAGUAUUGGGAGAAAUAUUGAAAACGAAAAACAUUCCGGAAUGCAAGCAGGAUAUUGUUACUGUACGGGUUCAGCUAGUUGGUCAAGGUGUUUCAUUUCUUAAUAAGUUCGCCGUAGAAGUUCAUGACGAGUCUGGUCGCACUGGAGCUGAUCUUAUCUGCUGUCUCUACUCAUUAGUCUUGAAACGACUGAGAAGCAGUGAAGUUGGCUCGAAAUAUGAGCUUGAUUUGAUUGAUUUCUUGCAAGAAAUCGUCAGAUGUGUCCGAACGCUAAUUAAUACACAUGUUGGCCUUGUUCUUGUAUUGCGACGGAACUCUCCUGUAUACUCACUUCUCAUUCAAACAUUAUGCGUCCUGAACAGGCGAGAGCAAAACGAUCAUGAAGCAGCUGAGAUUCGAGCUAUUCGGGUUGAUGUGGUUAGAACAUGUUAUACGUUGAUUUUUGUUCAACAUGAUACGCUGUCAACUCCGAUUGAAAUGACUGGUCAACAAAAGAUGUUCAUGGAGUUGUCCUUAAUAGCUAAAGCUGAAUCCAAACGGCUCAAUGAACCAGUUUCUCGAUUUCGGCCCCUCAUCAGCUGCAUCGAUUUUCUAGAAUCCCGCGAUCCAAAACAAGGAAUGUACGUACUUCUGAUGAUAAAUAUGAUGAUCAAUGGUGUCGAUCGUAACAUAAGUGAUGAUCAAAUGUGGACAGAAGAGACGAUGUGGCAAGCACGAAUGAGAUUAAGGAGUGAAGCUGCAAAAGAUAAACUUCACAAGUACAUUGAGAAAUUCACUACAUCUGAAACUGUAAACUCGCAAAUUCGGGAUGUUGCUCAGAACAUGCUCACUGAGCACAAUGCAGAUUUGGAAACACUGAUGGGGAAGCUUGAAAAUGUAAAAGGAGAAUAUGAUACCUUGGAUGGAUGUUUUGAACUUCUUGCCGCCAACUCUGAAGCCACCGGAACCGAGACAGUGCUCCUUUCAAUUUUACAGCUUAUGACUCUUACUAAUGAGGAUAUGUCGACGAAAAGAUCGUAUAUGAAACUCAUCGAGACAGCCAUAUCAGAUAUUCUUCUGCAUCGAACUCCAAUCGAUCCACAAGCGGAUUAUAAGUUUGUGUUUGAGGUUCCUGUGGCCGAGAUCAUUGAUAAAAUGCAAGACGAAGAGAUGGCCAAAAAAGUUCGACAAGCCACGUCGGCCAAACAGGAAGCUGUUGCAAUGCAAGGAGAAUACUGGAAAACAUUAUGUGAUUUCCAGAAAGAAGCUGAAGAACUGAGAAAACAUAUAAAUGAUCCAAAAAUACCUCUUCCUCCGCCAACGAAGAUGAACUUGUCGGCUCCAUCCACAUCUGCUGGUGGAUCUUCAGCUCUACCGCCAAUAACUGGAGGUCCACCACCACCUCCAGGUCUCCCACCAAUCACAGGAGGGCCGCCUCCACCUCCUCCUCCUGGUGGUCUUCCUCCAAUCACCGGAGGACCCCCGCCGCCGCCUCCACCGGGAGGAUUGCCUCCAAUAUCUGGAGGUCCUCCACCACCUCCGCCGCCUCCUGGAGGAUGUCCACCUCCACCUCCUCCACCACCACCGGGAGGGUUCAAGGGCGGACCGCCACCACCACCUCCUCCAGGCAUGUUCGCACCGAUGGCUCCCGUGAUACCUGAUUACCUUCCACCCAAGAAGGUUCCAAAGGUUGAUGGUCCCAUGAGAAAGUUCCCAUGGGGAGCACAUACUAUCAACCCUCGGGAUAUUCCAAGAGAGUCGUUCUGGGUUGGAACAAACGAAGAACAGCUGACCAGCGAUCGAAUGUUCGAUCGUUUACGAACCAAAUUCGCCACGAAACCUGCUGCAAAUAGUGGUACUCUUGGUGGUGUCUUGAAUAGCAAAAAGAAAGUGAAGACAGCACAAGUCAUUCAUGACGAUAAAUUACUUCAAAAAUUGGGCAUUCUUCAAGGAUCAAUCAAAAUGUCGCAUUCAGAGCUCAAGCUGGCGAUUUUGGAAGUCAACGAAAAGGUUUUAACUGUCGGAUUCUUGGAGCAACUUCGAUCAGCAAUGCCAGUGGAGAAGGAGCUUAUUGACAAGCUGAGAGCGGUGAACAAGGCUCAAUUUGAGGAAAUGCCCGAGGGUGAACAAUUUGUCACUCGUCUGCUCCAAAUUCAAGGUCUUCCGCUUCGUCUCGACUUGGUUCUAUUCAAAAUGCGAUUCUCUGAAGUGUUGAAUGAACUGAAACCAGCCAUGUCGUCAGUGAUGGAAGCGUGCGAAGAAGUACGAGCAUCUGAAGGAUUCCGAACAUUUUUGAAACUUGUUUUGGCGACUGGAAACUUUAUGGGCGGAGCGACAAAAAACUAUUCGAGUGCUUACGCGUUCGACAUGAGAAUGCUGACAAGACUGGUUGAUACAAAAGAUGUCGAUAAUCGGCAUACUCUUCUACAUCAUUUAAUUGAAGAAAUGAAGAGAAUCGAUCCAAGACGAGCACGAUUUGCUCUCACCGACUUCCAUCAUUGCAUUGAAUCGUCCCGAGUGAAUGCGGAUGAAAUUCGAAAAACUGUUCAACUGACAGAGAAUAACAUUAAAAAACUGGAGAACUGCUUAAAAGUGUACAAAAUUCAAGGAGAACGUGAUUUAUUCGACGAGAAGAUGCGGCCGUUCCACGAAAAAGCUGUCAAAGAGUUCUCCACAGUUUCGUCAAUGUGUGGAAAGAUGAAAAACGAUUGGGAGUCGUUGGUCAAGUAUUAUGCAUUUAACGACAAAAAAUAUCCGAUGGAAGAAUUUUUCGCCGAUAUUCGCACCUUCUCUGAGCAAUAUUCGAAUGCUUGGAAAGAGUUGGAUGCCGAAGCAGAAGCAAAACGAAAAGAAGCAGAAUUUGAGACACAGAAGCGGAAGCAGCUGCAACAAUCUCAACAAGAAAGGAAGCCGUUACAAGAGAGACAGGCGAUUAAUAGAGUGCCAAGAACUCCGGCUGCGAUGAUUCGAGUUUCGACUGCUGCCGAUAAGGCUGGUGUGCUCGAUGAGUUGGAGCGUGCUACAGGAAAUGCUGAUUUCCUUCAAACCUUGAUGUCUGCCACAAAUUCUCGAACUCCUCGUUCCGGAUUGCCAGCUCGAACUCGCGGAGGUGGAAGACUUGGAGGAGGACUUGAUCGGCAAAGAUCACGACAUCAGAAUGCUUUGGGUCAGCUUCAAGAUCUCACUGGCUGCGCAUCGGAACCGGUUCUUUCCGGACAGUUUGCUCGAUCACGCAACGUUCCUCAAAAUGAUCUGCAACGACAAAAUAUGGAACUUCCAUCAUCAGUAAAACCAACAACGGCGCUUGAUAGGGCUAAAGCAUUUGGAGUUGGAUUGCCGAUUGGUCAGAAUGAGCUCAAAGUUCGAGUGAGAAGGAAAGGGCAACCAGCUGUUCCAGUUACGAAUAUCAAUGGAACAUCGCAAAUCUCACCAACGCACAAAGAAAACGAUCCGACGGGUUCCUCGUCAACUUCAUCUGGUCCUGCAUCAUCAAACACGGCUACAUCAUCAUCAUCAGGCACAGUGGUGCCAUCAACAGACGAUCUUCUCGCACGUCUUAAUGAUUUCUGAAAGCUCACAUCGGUUGUCUUAUCUAUAGAUCUAGUCAUUCUCCGUCUCUAUUUUUUCUGUAUUAUUGCCACAUUUUUCAUACUUUAAUUGUCAUUCACAGGGUCCCUCUUCUCGUUCCAUUUCAAUUGCUCGUUGUAUUUUCAUCAGUUCACUUUUCCUUUCUAUUUUCUUUAGGUAAAUAUUUUGAGUUUAAAAA